CCCGCUCAGUUCUGACUCAGACUUCUUAAGAGAAACGUCUCUGUGAAAAUUUCUCCAAAGUUUUUAUAAGGACUAUCGCCUUUUUAAAUUUGAGCAUCCGAGAAUGCCAGACAACCGUACGAUGUCGAACCCUCUGACCGAAGAGUGUGGGUGCUGCCGGGCGGGGAUGGGUCGCUGUUGUGCCGGCGAGCCCACCAAGUCCGGCUGGCUCCACCUCUCCAAGCCGGAGAGUCCGGUCUACAGACAGCGGGUGGUGGUCAAGGUGUACAGUAAACCACUGGACCCGUACGCUGUGGUGUCCAGUGGCAAGACCUACGGGAAACAGUACGGAUUCUUAAAACUUCGGCACGUCAGGCUAGAGAAGCUAGACUCGGCCACAGACUUCAAGGUGAUCCCGAAAACUGGGGAGGGCGACGCCGUGGUGUUCUCGGCGGAGAGCGGGGACGACCGCGAGGCUUGGCUAGACGCCCUACGGGGGAAGUCCCGCCUACCGCCCGGCUCCAGUACCAUGCCCACCCUGGCCGAGGCCGAGGAGGAGGAAACAGCGGGGGACGACGAUGAUGUCUUCGGGGAGGAGGUGCAGGUGGCACCGAACGCGAACCGGAAGGCACCCCGGCGGAGACCGUCACGAGAGUACCGCCGGAGGAGCAGCCUUAGAAGCCUGGGGUUAAGGCUACGAAGGCAGGAUGAUUGCCCGAAGCCUUGGUGAUAGGCUAUAAUUGUACUUGGGGAUUCCUCAUCCUUGUAAAUAUAUGUAUGUGCAGUUUAUGUAAAUAUUCAUGACAGCCAUAGGUUUCUAUUGGUGCUUUUGCCGAACUUUUAAACAAGAGAUGCUUGAUGUAAAGGUUUAGAUGGGUACGUUACUUCUAGUUAGGUCAAGAAAGACACUAAGAAAGUUGUCUUGAAGUAUCUGUUUCUGCUAGAACUAUUAUGACGAGAAUAUCAUAAAUGUUAGCCCUCUAAAAUGUUUGGAGAAUCUUUCCAUAGGUUUAGGUUGUUAUAUGGAAGUACAUGUAUAUUGCGUGUAUUCUGGCUACCUUAUUAUCGACUUCAUGAAUAUGAUAUCAGUAUUAGUUUACAGUAAAGCACUAUCAAAACGUGGAACUCAAAUCUAACUGUUCUGUACAUGUCAAAAACAAUGUAACGUUCUUACAUAUCAAGUCACUGUAGUUUGAAUUAGGCCACAAGAAGUGAAUUUUAUGGAUGACAUCCUCCGCAAACAAGAAAUGAACAAAACAAGAUAGGUGAAAAAGUGAUUUUGGAAAUAGACACCUUAAUGUUUUAAAAAGAAUGUAAGUGUCAAAACAUGGUAUCACAGCCAUUUAUUCCUGUAUUAAAAAGUGUGGUAUUGUAGUAAAUCUGACACUAGUGUGGUAGACCACAAAACAAGUUAGUAAUUUCACUUAUUGUGUCCAUAUUCCCACUAUUGCAAUUGCCAAACUACAUUGCAGUUUCACUUCUACAACUACAGCCAUGGCUACCUUGCUAGUGUCACUUCUACAAAUAUGACCAUUAGGCUACAACACAAAAUAUUUACCCAUUUUGGUAAUUUCUCUUUAUAUUAACCGUCUCCGGUUGGGACAUUUUUUGUUGAAAUCAGCCAAAAAUUAAUUAGCGCGUUAAUAUCAUCCAUAAGAUUUACUUGCUGUGGCCUUUAUAGGUGGAAAUUUGUAUUGUCUUUGUAUAGUGACGUUAAACAUACAUGUGUGCCAAAAUUGCCUCUCAAUAUAAGUAGAAGAAAUCGAAGCUCUAAGUAGAUGUGUGGUUUUGGCUCGUUUUGUAAACCUUUUUGUUUCAGUUGGUACCAUUUAUAAUUACAGUAUAAUGCGAUUAUCAAACAACAGUGGAGAAAAGACCUACAAAAUGAGCCACAAAUUAAACAAGAGAAAACAAAUAUAUGAUGUAGCGGCUGUAUUUAUUUUCCCAAGACUUUUGGUGUCUUCUUAGAAAGUGGUAUUCCUUCUUCUUCCACGUAAGAAAGGAUCAGAAAGAUUCCAGACCUAGUUUUGGACUAACUGCUUAUCUUUUAGCCCAGACUUUUGCGACUUCCUUGUGACAAUUUGUAACCAUAACAGGAAAACCCUGUACAUAUAACAUGUACGUCCUGGAACUAGGUCUAGGAACGAGAUUGUGUGACGUCAACAUCCAGCAAUGUUCUGGGAAGGAGAACCAGGGAUGGUACACGUGAUUUUCACGUGAUAUAAGUGUCCGACAGAAAUCUGUAUUUGGAAUUAUGAGGAUACUAGUAUGCUGUUCAUAGUUAAUGAAUGUUGAAGCGUGGUCUUGCCCCUGUAUUAGUUAAGAAAUUCAGGACAAAAUUAAAGUCAGGGUUUCAAC